AUGAACUCAUUCCGUCAGUUCAGGACAGUAGAGCCACUCAUGGCCUUCUGUCGCUCCACAAGAGUCUCUUCUCUCAACCACCACCGCCAGCAACCCAUGGCUGUGCGGAUCACCAACUCCCUCAUGACAAGAUCAAGAUUUAUGUCCACCCAAACUACAGCUUCAGGUGGAUCAUACAUUCACCUCCCAACCCGAGGACUGUUGCAGAUUCACGGCAAGGACGCCUCCAAAUUCCUGCAGGGACUUAUCACCAACCAUAUGCCCCGUAUCGAGGGUGGUGGCGGUGGCUUCCUUGCUGCCUUCCUCAGCCCCAAGGGCAGAGUCAUGUACGACGUGUUCAUCCACCCUACCAACGAAACAAAGGAAGGCAGUGAACCCGCCUACUUGAUCGAGUGCGAUGCCAGAGCCCUGCCCGAACUUCACAAGCACAUUGCCCGCUUUGUGCUUCGAUCCAAGGUCAAGAUGGUUGGUGUCACAGAGUCCUUUGACGUUUACUCUGUUCUGGACGAUCAGCCAGCCGCUUCCAGCAAUGAGGACGAAAAGUCCCCACCUAGCAACGAAGCCGUCGUGGAGCGCUUGGGAAAGAUGAAUGCUACCAUUGGCAUGUAUGACAACAGAGCCGUCAACCAUAUGGGAUACCGUGUCAUCGUCCCCAAGGGACAGUCCUUGUCUCUUCCUGAGAGUUACAGACAGGGAACACUGGAAGAGUACCAUGUGCGGAGGAUCGUGAACGGUGUGCCAGAAGGAAUCGACGACUUUAUUGCAGGAACCAGCUUGCCAUUGGAGUGCAACUUGGACUACAUGAACGGCGUUGACUUUAGAAAGGGUUGCUAUGUUGGACAGGAACUGACGAUCCGCACCUACCACAAGGGUAUCACCCGAAAGCGUAUCAUGCCCGUCCAGUACUUUACCCCCCAGGAUCCUGAACCCGAGUCGAUUCAGUUUAUCAAAGGCGUGUCUCAUGUAAUCCCACCACAGUCCGAGCUCUUCCCUACAAAGAAGACCACCCCUGCCGCCCCAGCAGCAGCAGCUUCCACAUCAUCUGCAAGGCCUGUCAGGGCCUCGGGCAAGACUGGAUCCAACGUGGGCAACAUUGGACUGGCGUUGGUCAAGUUGGAUCAUGUGAAGGAGGGGAACACAUUUGAUGUGAUGGACCGUGAGGGGUCCACUGUUCGGGUCAAGGCCUUCUUCCCUGCAUGGUGGCCUAAGCAGCCUGAGUCUGAGGAGAGUAGCAAGGACGAGUAA